AUGCCACAGGCCUCCCAGACGGAUUCCUACAGCAAUGUAAAAAUAAUCAGACAUGGUAGUUCGCCUGGCGAACCUCUCAUAGUGUUUCCAUCCAGCAUCAUGGGACAACAGACAUCCAGGAAGAGUGGCGAGUGCACGUGCGGCUGCGGCGCCUGGGAGCGCCGCCGCUACACGGAGUCGCCGAGCAGCGUCCACCGAUAUGUGAGCGCCGUCACCGACAGGUGGAGUGGACGCGAGUGCGCCUGCCGCCGUCGCCGCUGGCGGAGGCCCGCCUGCGUGUGCACUGCGUACCGGCGCGUCAGCGACGACAGGCUGGCGGCGGUGCUGACCCUGGGCGCCAGAGACCUGAGGCGCGAAUUGGACGCCAUUGUCAUCAAUGCGGACAGUGAGACGAGCCGGGAAAGCGGCGAGCCCACUGCGGAGGUGUACGUGCUCUCGGUGGCGCCCAGGCCCGAGGCUGAAGGUGCUGAGGAGGGGCGCAGGAAUGAGCUGACCCAGACCAGCGACGGCUCCAUCAGGCUGCACCCCCACUUCCAGGUCGUGUGCGGGGGAGAGCUGCGUGCGCUGCUGCUCCGCGCGCCCACGCUGCCCCACGUUGCCCACGCCGCCCACGUGGCCCACGCGACCCAAGUUGCCCACGCGACAAACGUGGCACACACGCCGCCCGCCAAAGUGCACACGCAGGUUGACUACAUCCACUGUCUAGUCCCCGAUCUGCAGGAGAUCACCGCUUGCUCCUUCUACUGGGGCAAGAUGGACCGCUAUGAGGCAGAGCGACUUCUGGACAACAAACCUGAAGGCACGUUCCUGCUGCGCGACUCGGCCCAGGAGGAGCACCUGUUCUCCGUCUCGUUCCGCAAGUACGGGCGGUCGCUGCACGCGCGCAUCGAGCACUACCAGCAUCGCUUCAGCUUCGACUCGCACGACCCGGCCGUCUUCGCCGCGCCCACCGUCACCGGCCUCAUCGAGCACUACAAGGACCCCGCUUGCGUGAUGUUCUUCGAGCCGAUGCUGACCGCGCCGCUGCCGCGCACCGAGCCCUUCUCGCUGCAGCAGCUGGCGCGCGCUGUCAUCGUCUCGCACACCAGCUACGACGGUGUAGAACAGCUGCCACUCCCAGCUCGGCUGAGGGCGUUCCUCAAGGAGUACCACUACAGGCAGAGGGUGCGCGUGCGACGCCUGGAGCCAGACUUGUAUGUGCCCCACCACUGC